GGGCCGAGCUUCAGCUCCUUCAGGCGACACGCCCCCCCAGUCUCGAACAGAGAAGACUGCUGAUUUUCUUACGAUUUCAAAGCCUAAUUUAACAUACUCGUCUGUGUUUUUUUUCAUUCGAAUUUGGAUGGGUAGUUAAUAACACAUUAUUUUGUGGUGUGGUGAACUUGAAACUUGUUUUUAAUUCCACUUCCAGGAUCUUUAAGAUUAUAAAGUUUAAAAAGGUUACAAAAACUUGGUAAUACAUCACUAAUUCGAAACUUUGUCCAUACUUGACAUUUGACUUGCGUCAAUUGACAUGCGACCUUUAUGAAAUGUCAACCUUAGAAGCCCCAGACAGAUUACCCACAAAGCUGAACACAUUGCCAUUGGUCAUAACAUUACAAUAAUCCUCUCUGAACCAUUGCUGUAAUCUGAAAGUAUGCUGUACAGAGUUCAAUGAUCAAAAAGGGCCGUUUUAAAUUUCAGUAAAUUUCCUGAAUUUAAUGUACGUGUAUGUGAGUUACCCAGAAUCACCCUUGAGCGUUAAUUGAAGUUCUCACACCUUUUCUAAGGUCAGUGUUGAAAUUCCAAGUCAAGCAGACCCCACAGUAAUGAAAUGUUGUCUCUGAACCUUGUUAUUUUCAAAGAAGGAUUUCUGUUUACUGUAAGUAGGUAGUCUCUCACAUACAAUGCACUCAACUUAAUGUGUCUUACCUCAUCAAACACUUUGAGGAAGUUCCUACUGUAGGCUCUCUACCAAUACAGUGUUUCUUUGCUGGCUUCUACAUACACAAGUCUCUCGUUGUGAAGAAUUUGAAAAAAUGUUACCGAUAAGCCAGCGGUUGUGUUGUUUCAUUACAUUGUGUAUUAAGGCAUCCAAAAAACUGAAAAAUUGAUCUGUGAUCAAGGUCCCAGAACCAACAGUGGUGACAACCUAUUUAGUGGUAAAAAAAUAAAUAAAAAAAACAUACUCUGUCCCACCCAAUACAAUAAAUGAUGACACAUACAUGCCUGUCAGACUUAAAACUUCUGUUCCACUCACAUGAGGAACAGGCAACUUAUAUUGAUUGACAGUAUAUGACAGAGUAUUAUCAUUUUGGCCUAGAUUGAUUUUCAUGUUAUUUGUCAUUGGGCCAACCUUAAUAUCAGAUACUUUAAAAAAAAGAUUCACUAAAUUCUAUACUAUCAACUUUAUUUUGAAAUGUACUAUUUAGUUACUGGAAUCAAAUGUUUUGUUGGUGUUACUGAGUGUUGAACCCUUUUUCUUUCUCAAAUGCAAAUGAACUGUUAGAACAAGACACCAUCACUUUCCAGGUCCAUGGAACAAUUAUUACUGUAAAUAUCAUCGAUGUAUAGCUCCUAUGUACAUGUCAAACUCCCUCAGAUUGCCACACAUCAGAGCGCCCAGGCAGUUCAGGACAUAAGACAAUCACUUUCACGGUUACAGAAAUGACAUUAGGCUCAGACUUUACACAGCAAAGUUCAACAACAGUAGGAACCACAUGGAUGUGCAGUUGUUGCAUUAGAAAACUGGUGCCAUGGUUUCAGCUGAGCAAUCACUGUUCAGAAAAAAGAUCAGUGGACCAGAGGCCUUCAAAAGACUUCCGAUUCAGAAUCUGUUCGAUGUUUCAGCUCAAGAACCAAGACAAGAUGGACCCCUUUGUGGACUCCCAGGCUGAGGGCAUCGAUUGGACCCUGAGGGAGCCAACCCUGAAAUGGUUUAGAGAGACCCAAGCCCCCCUCAUCCUACGCAAAAACAACUUCCCUGUCUGGUUCCAAGGCUUCAUCCCCAGAAAGGAUGCUGAGGAGACCUUAAGAGACAGGGAGCUGGGCUGUUUCCUUAUCCGUCUCAGUGACAAGGCCAUUGGAUACAUUCUCUCAUACAAAGGUCGGGAUCGAUGUCGACACUUUGUCAUCAACCAAAGCAAAUCAGGACAGCUUAACAUCUCUGGAGACACUGAAAUGCACAACACUCUCACAGACCUUAUAGAGUACUAUAAGAGGAGUCCCAUAGAACCGUUUGGGGAGUUUCUCACACAGUCUUGCUUAGAGGCAUCCACCGGAGAGCUCUAUGACACCAUCCAGGUCAACCACAGGGACAAGCCAGUGGUCAGUGUGAAAGCUGUAAGGAACAUUUGGGACCAAAAAAGUGACAGGCCUGUGAAACAUCUUCCUGCACUGCCGCCUAAAAAUAACAGGUCACCAGAGGCAGUGCCACCUAUACCCAUUAGGGCUGGUCCUUUGAAGACUGGCUUCCUGGAUGAACAGAGCUGUGGCCAGGCCAAGGUGUUGUAUGCCCUUCUAGAGCAGCAGACAACAAGGGAAAGACCCAUGGCCCAGUCCAGCAGAAUGUAUAAUCUCAGAGACCCAGCAUGGCAGACUGAGGGAUCUCAACCCAGACACCAAGCCCAGCAGAGGAAGAAUAUCACAACAGAACAUCCUGCUCCAAUUCUCGGAACCGUUUACUCGGAGAUCCAUCCACUGGACUACAGGACCAUGUCUCUGCCUUUACUGGACAAUAACUCAGAGAAUAAAAACCAUAUCUACAGGCUAAGUGGGCCUUCAUUUACACCUCCAAGACUGCCCCCCCAACUACCCAAACAAGUCACAAGGAAUACCAUCUUGGAACAAUCACCGUCCUCUAAAAGGCCUAGCAUCAGCCAUAGCCUCAACCAGCUGGUUUACAGCCCAGUGUACCACUUGGCUGGGAGACCCAGUUGCCAACCUGUCCCACUGGAGGGUGACCCCAUGACAUCAGCUGAAGAGGAGAGCAUGUAUGUUGAGGUACCUUCAGAACCCAUCCCAAGUCGCUACCUCUUGGACAAUACUUACGAACAGAUCCCAGAAAUGGGGUUGAAAGUUGAAGCUACUAGGCAUGACCCCAACACCUAUGAGACACUAAAGAAGCUCAAACCCAAACCCAAUCUCUCAACCCUUGGACUAAAGAAUGAGAAGAGGCGAUGGUUCUUUCCAGAGAUCAAGAGAAAGUAAUGAAAAGAUUUGGGAACUAAAUUAUCUGGAAACUCCACUCAACAAUUCAGAUUAAACUCCUCUGCUUCUCUUUCUCUAAUGUUGUAAGUUUCAUUGAAUUCAAAGUAUUUCUGUAGUAACCUGAAAACAUCUAAUAUUUUUCUUUUUCUAAGGUUAGUAUUGUUUUGCCAACAUGUAAUUUUCGUUUUUAUUUAUGUUAUAUUAAAUAAAACUUGUAUUAACAAAAUUGGGUGCAGGGCACUUCAACAACUAAAACUUUCUAUAACAUGUUCAUAUUUUCACCAAACAGUCAUGAAAUGAUACUAACUUUGAUUCCAAUACUUUUAAUUGCAAUGGUUAUCAAAGCAAAAUCAGUCAAGCCGUACUGUGUGUUUGUAGAUGGGAAGUUUUAGACAGGCGUGUAGUAAGUCAGACAGAUUUGUAAGGGGAAAGAGAGAUGGACAGACAGACGAUGCAGUUUGUUCACUGCCUGCUGUCUCUCCUUGACUUUCAUUUCCAUUAAGGUGUGGAGCUGCCAGGCCGGGACGGGGGGAGGCGAGGGGGGAUGGGGUUGGUAAUUGCAUAGCAGAAUGAUACUAUCGGUCAAGUUCUGAACAUGGGGGUGGAGGAAUCCAUUAGACCCUGGAAAUAGAGAGGUGAGUUCUAGGUGCCACAGCAAUACUGAAUGGCUGUAGUAAAGAAUAAAUGUCUUUACACUUUGCAGUCUGUCCUCUGCAUCACUGUGAGGGGAUUCCCUGUGCAAAAAACAGAUGUCUAUUUUAGUCUUUCUUCUCAACCCUCCUGUUAUGUUUGUUUCAUGUUAAUUAAUUAUGUUUAUGUACGCGGUCCAAAAUGGCUGAUUAAUAAUCAUCCAUAUUAAUCCAUAUCCUAGUCCCUAAUGUUGUUAGAUCUUUUCACCAACCUAAGUUAUUGUAAACAUUACACGUUUUUAACUUCUCUUUGUUAUUUAUGGGAUGUAGGCCUCAUUGACCUGAGCAAAUACAACUAGUUGAGUAAAAGCGUAGCUACAGUACCUUAAUUGAAAAUGGCGGACGGAAGGGAGGGUGGUGCGGGAGGUACCUCAUACGAAUCCUGUUAUUUUAUCUAAAACAUCAGGGGGGUAUUCCAGGUAGCAGGUUUAGUGAAAACUUUGAGUUGUUUAACCCUGAAAAGAGGCUUACUCCGAGGUUUCCGUUCCAGAAAGAGAGGUAACGAAACCUUUUGGUAAGUUUCCAUGGUAACUUACUCCGUGAAAGUAACCUGAUCGCUAGAAGGUUUUCCAUGCCAAACUCUGCGUUUUUAUCUAUCCCCUCCCUCUUUCUGAACCUGAUAGCGUUGGCAGACUAGGGAUAUCCUUUCCUGGUUCAGCCAACCGAUCUCGAACAAAAUUUAAUUCGCUUAGUUAUACGCCGGGAGAGGAUUUUAAGACUGCGAUUCGAUGUGCUUUAAUUCCCUGAUGAAUACCUAGGUUAACGUUACCGUUUCCCGUCACAAUCUGUAAUGUAUUUUAGCAACAUUGUCAGCCCUUAGGCCAACAUCGCUAAUGUUACUCGCCGUGGACGUGCACUAAGAACUGACCAAAUGCUUUUUGGCACUGAAAUAAAGACAAAUAAUUGAAAUUGUAUUUGGUCUUCUUCAUUGCCUACAAAUAGAAAUCUAACAAUGAGUAUGUUUAUUGGCUAUUGUUCCUAUAAUUUACAUGAUUCACCUGUGACCAUGUACCAUC